GACCUCUAGCUACCUGAUGCAUGCAUGGCCAUUGGUCAGCAGCAGGUAGCUGCUGGAGUGGAGAGAUCUGUGUAUAAGAGUAGCCGCAAGCGUGUCGGUCAACAGAAUCGGUAGCUUUUGCCAACGACCCGGCUCCUCACGUCUGUAGCGUGAGCCACCCUACAGCACCAAGCAUAGCAAGCCAAGAAUCGAAGCUUCUCUUGCGGCAGCGACAACUCGAGCUAGCUAGCUUUCGAAGCUGGGCGCGGCGGCCGCCGACGGGCCGCGCACAUGGGCAACGCGCUGGGCUGCGUGGGCCUCGGCGAGCGGCUGGCGGCGGCGGCGACGGACGGCGACGCCGCGGAGGCGCGGCGGCUGUUGGCGGCCAACCCGGGGCUCGCGCGGUGCGCCGCCUUGGGCAGCCUCAACUCGCCGCUCCACCUCGCCGCGGCCAAAGGGCACCACGAGAUUGCUGCAUUGCUGCUGGAGAACGGAGCAGAUGUCAAUGCGAGGAACAUAUAUGGACAGACGGCGUUGAUGCAAGCGUGCCGGUUCGGUCAUUGGGAGGUGGCUCAGACGCUGCUGGUUUUCAGAUGCAAUGUGUCCAAGGUGGACAGCCUCAGCAGCCGGACGGCGCUGCAUCUCGCGGCGGCCGGAGGGCACGUCAAGUGCGUCAGGCUGCUGCUGGCGGCCGUCGCCGGCGACGGCGACAGGCUGUGCAGCUACGUGAACAAGGCGGCCAGCGGCGGCGUGACGGCGCUCCACCUGGCCGCGCUGCACGGCCACGUCGACUGCGUGCACCUGCUCAUCGACGAGCACGCGGACCUCGCCGCGCAGACGCUCCCCUGCGUCGCGUCGCCCAUGGGCUCCAUCGGCGCCGGGAGCAACCCCCUGCACUACGCCGCUGCAGGCGGCGAGGUCAAGUGCUGCCAGAUCCUUGUGUCGCGAGGAGCCGACAGAACUGCCGUCAACUACAACGGGUGGCUCCCGGUGGACGUGGCGAGGACGUGGGGCUGCCACUGGCUGCAGCACGUGCUGUCGCCCAAGUCACACCUGCCGAUACCCAAGUUCCCGCCGUCCGGCUACCUCUCCUCGCCGCUCGCCGGCGUGCUCAGCCUCGCGAGGGAGUGCGGCCUGGUUCUGAACUCGCCGUCGGAAUUUUCAGACGGCGUCGACGCCUGCGCGGUGUGCCUGGAAAGACCCUGCAACGUGGCUGCCGAAGUGUGCGGGCACGGGCUGUGCGUGAAAUGCGCGCUGGAUCUCUGCUCGGUGAUCAAAUCCUACGACGUGCCUGGGAUCGCCGGAUCCAUCCCGUGCCCACUCUGCCGGAGCGGGAUCGCCUCGUUCAGGAAGCGAGCAGCUUCAGAAGCACCGGGCGAACCUGAGCCUGACCUGAACCCUGCCUGCUCCGGUAGCCACUGCACGAACUGCUGCGGUGAGGGCCACCAAGCGUCCUCCAGGCCGGAGAAGAAGCCCGCCGACGGGUGCCGGAAUUACGGCGAUGCCGGCAUGGGUUCAGACGUUAUCGUCCCACUGUACUGCGCUCCGUUCACUCCUUCUGCCGUCUUGUCCUGAACUCCACUCCUUCCUGAUCAGAGCAUGCAGCAUGCAGACAUGCAAUGACAUGACUGACAGCUCGAACUUGAAGUUAAAAAAAAAUGAGCACGGAGGGGGAGGAAUUCAUUAAAAGGAUGCGGAGGCUCGAACUCGGGCUGGCUCAGUGAAACCGUUCGACUGAUCGUUAGCACCGUGAGAAGCUCGACAACUUGAACUUGAAGUUAGCAAAGAAGAAGCUGCAUCAGUAGAAUUGUGCAACAUCAGUUUACUUCUGUGUAUACAGGUACAUACAUACAGACAGAUGAUUUGAUUGGAUUUGUUGUGUUUGCUGAUGCUAAAGGGCAACAGCAUCGGCUGCUUAUGGUGUGGUACAUGGAUGAUGUAACAUGUCGUGCGGUUGGUUUGUAGAGUGGUUGUAUAAAGAAAAAAAAAGCAUUAAUCCUUUUGUUGUAAAAGAAGGUCAGGCCUUUUUAACUCAUGAUUCUUUUACACUCUAAAUCGUUCGUUUAUGGAGGCA